AUGGCAGAGUCCAGGGCCCUGCCCACCGGUUUCGGGGAGCUGGAGGUGCUGGCUGUGGGGACGGUGCUGCUGGUGGAAGCUCUCUCCGGUCUCAGCCUCAAUAGCCUGACCAUCCUCUCUUUCUGCAAGACCCCGGAGCUGCGGACUCCCAACCACCUGCUGGUGCUGAGCUUGGCCCUGGCGGACAGCGGGAUCAGCCUGAACGCCCUCAUUGCAGCCACAUCCAGCCUCCUCCGUGUCGCCCACAGGCGCUGGCCCUACGGCUCAGAGGGCUGCCAGGCUCACGGCUUCCAGGGCUUUGUGACGGCGUUGGCCAGCAUCUGCAGCAGCGCAGCCAUCGCCUGGGGGCGCUAUCACCACUACUGCACCCGCAGCCGACUGGACUGGAACACAGCCGUCUCCCUGGUGUUCUUUGUGUGGCUGUCUUCCACCUGCUGGGCAGCCCUGCCCCUCCUGGGCUGGGGCCACUAUGACUAUGAGCCGCUGGGGACGUGCUGCACCCUGGACUAUUCCAGGGGAGACAGAAAUUUCACCAGCUUCCUCUUCACCAUGGCCUUUUUCAACUUCCUCCUGCCCGUCUUCAUCACGGUCAUAUCCUAUCGGCUCAUGGAACAGAAACUCGGGAAGGCUGGCCGUCCCCCGGUGAACACCAUCCUGCCGGCCAGGACGCUGCUGCUCUGCUGGGGCCCCUACGCCCUCCUGUACCUGUACGCAGCCAUCGCGGACGUGACCUCCAUCCCCCUCAAGCUGCAGAUGGUGCCUGCUCUCAUCGCCAAAACAGUGCCCACGAUCAACGCAAUCAACUACGCCCUGGGCAGUGAGAUGGUGCACAGGGGAAUCUGGCAGUGCCUCUCGCCGCAGAGGAGACAGCGGGACCGAGAGCAGUGAGCCUCUCCGGGGGGCUGCUCAGACCCAGGCCCACCCCGGCCACCCUGGGCUGAGCCCCACGCGUGACGCUGCCCCCGGGAUCCUG